GACUUGAAAUUUAUCUAACGUUUAUGAAUAAGUAUUGCGUAUUUACAUUUUAUAUCUUGACCAACAUUAACAAUUCAUGUCAUCGUUUACGUGUUAAUUUGACCCCCCAGACAUGUAUAAUACAUUGUUAACUCCAUGGUAAUAACAAUGCGUUCGUGAAUAUUUAUUUGCCACGAAACGUAAAAUCUUAUGUACGGAGCAUCUCUGCGAUUACUACCCUUUGUACAAACAUAUGGUAUACGACGGUACGACAGUUUGUGGUCUAUUAUCUUUUUGUUAGAUGUCUGUGUUAGAAUUAGAAUGUCGAGAGUUUUAGUCAGCUGAGUAGCAUUUACAAUACUCAAAGUAAAAAAGAAUUCGGAAUUAAACGAAAUAAAUGUGUUUAUGUGCGUGAUUGAUUAGAUAUGUCUUGUCAGAUUAAAAAGAUCGCGAAUGUAACCAACAUAAAUAAUAUUAAAGAAUUAUUGUUUGGUGAAUCUUUUAAAAGACAUGAUAUUCCACAAGAUGAAUUACCAUUACAAGACUGUUUUGUAUCGUUAUCAUCAGCUGGGGAUAUUCUUGCUAUGGUAUAUAAUACAAAGAUGAUUAUAUUGAUUUCAAGGUGGGAUUCAUUAGAGCCAGAUGAAGCAAAGAAUAAGUUCCAUAUGAUAUGGUAUGGAGAAAUUGCCAAGCAAGAAAAUGAAUGGAUAACAUCUGUGAUUUGUUUACCAUUAAUGUCAUUGGGAAAAGCAAGCGGUAAUCCAGAUUGGACAUGUAUUAUAGUUGGUUUUAAUACUGGCUUUAUUAAGUUUUAUACAGAAACGGGUGCAUUAUUAUUAGGAGAACAGUUGCAUAAUGAGCCAGUUUUAGGAUUAAAGUGUCAGUCCUUUCGUUCUCCUAAACACAUGGGUGAUACUGCUUUGACAGAAGAAGUUUAUGUGAUAUACAACAGUGUUGUAUGUGUACUGCAAGGUUUCUCCCUAUUUUCUACGUUACGUGCAUGCAGAAAUCAUUUGGCUAGAGUACAAGCAAACUGCGAUGACCUACCACCUAUCACAAAUUUGUCAUACAAGAAAUGGGGCUACAAAAGCCAGGAUAUUGUGAAUGAUUCAGAAGUAAUUGGCAUCACCUCUGUGAACAGUUUCGAUCAUUUAAUGACAGCUUCAAUUUGUGGUGGAUAUAAUGCAUCUUACAGAUCCAGUGCACCACAGCACAAUUUAGUUCUUGCAACUGGUAAACGACCAUUCGUUGGUUUCCAUUAUGCAUUAGAGGGUGGUUCAGCUCCAGUUCUAUCAGAUGUUGCAAUAGCAAUGGCCAGCAAAUUAGCAAAUGCUAUUGGAACUGCUGUUCCUUGGUUCCCUAUGAAUUGGGGCAAUUCGAAACAUCAAACAUCGCACGAAGCAUCAAAAACUGGCGUUCAUGAACCAGUUGAACCAAUGACAUGCAGAUUUGGUUUAAGUGAUGUUACAAGGGAAGGUUAUUCGAUAAUAUCUAGUCCAAAUAAAACGUUAUCAGUAGUAUUAGAUACAAUGGGUAGAGUAUUACUAAUGGAUAAUAGAUCUGGCACAGCUGUGAGAAUGUGGAAGGGUUAUAGAGAUGCUCAAUGUGGUUGGAUUGAAGUGGAGGAAGAGAAACAUUCUGGCAUUCAUAAAGCAUUUACUAAAUUUAAACAAACCCCGCAGUUACGCACUGCUUUGUUCUUAGUCAUUUAUGCCCCCAAAAAAGGCGUGAUAGAUAUAUGGAGUGUUCAACAAGGCCCCAAAAUUACUACGUUUACUGCCAGUAAACAUGGGCGACUUCUUUACAUCAAUCACGGACUUCUUGGUGUAAAUGAUAAUGUACAUUUAACAAAGAAUAAACCACAAUACUCGUGUGUUUUUAUGGAUCCACUGGGAGGACUGAAAGAAAUUACAGUUCCAUUCCAUUUCGCUCUUAAUAGUAAAAAUGGGAAAAGAGCACGAGAUAUACAUCUGCUUAAAAAGUUGAAAACAUUUCUAAGGGAGGAAGAAUAUGAAUACGAGAAAUUAGUAUCACACAUUGAGAAUGUAUGUUCAGAUUUAAAAACUUAUGAAAUAAAAGUACAAACGCUAGAGAUAUUAAUGACAAAUAAAAAUAUCAUACCUGACGCUUUGCUCGUAGCUACCAAUUGUUUUGGUAAGAAACUAGAAGAGUACGAAAAAGAAGAGAUGGAGCCCACAGCAAAAACGCUCUAUUUAAUGAUAACACAAUUGCAACAGAUAAUACAAUUUUAUAAACAUAUUAAAUCUCAGUCUGAUACAUUACAGGACAUUUCUUCUGUAAAUGACAGUAAUGAUUCGAAUAGUAGCAGUGUAGCUUCGAUUUUAUUUACUUCUGAAAGCGAAAUACAAAGAAUUUUUGAAUUAUUUGAUAAAGUAAAUAGUUAUAGACGUUCAGAUUUUAAGAAAGAAUGUAAAGUAAAAUUUAAAGAGGAUGAUAGAAUGUUUUUGAAUUUUUUAUUUUGCUUUGAGUUUGGAGCAGCAGGAUUUAUGGAUAUUAAAAGAGAUAUAAAAACUGAAAGGGAAUAUGAAAUUUCUCGAUUACUGUACGAGGGAUGCAUUCAUUCAUGUGACAGGAUUGAAACAUGGAAAGAAGCUGCCAUAUAUAGCAAUAUUCAACCGUUUGUUUUUAUGAAAUUUGCUUUAAUUUAUUGGCUCAAUAAGAAUCGAAUUGUAUGCUUAGAAACAGAAUUAAAACAAUUUACACAACUUUUAAAUGCUAUUUGUUCGAUAGCCAAUGUUGAAGAAAUAUGCGCAGAAUAUAAUGAAAUAUCUUUAUGGUGGAAGAAAGUUCGCAAUAUUCUUGCAGACUCAAUAAAUCCGUUUAAUGCACUUACCGCUGCUUUGGUCUGUAGGGCUGUUGCUAUGUCGGUAGAAAAAUACAGAGAAAAGUGUGUUAAUGAAAUUCAGAGUAAUGACGAUCAAGGAAUAAAAGAUAUUAAGAAAGAGAAUGACCUUAAUGUGGAAGUAGAGCAACAUCGAGAUUACGUUAGUAAUUUAAAAUCAGAUGAUGAAGUGUAUAAUUUGACGAGUGAAUGGGAAAAUGUUACGAAAGAUAGUUGUCAGUUCACAUUGUUAAUUGGAAAUCUUGAAGAUAUUACGAUUUUAGAUGCUGUUGUAAGUCAGCAACCUCCGUCAGAUGAGACAACACAAUUUUUUGCAUUACCAUUUGUAAAAUUUGAUAUUUCUCUGGCAUCGGUACUCUCAAAAGGGAAAGGUUCUGUAUCAGAGAUCAUUGCAAAGUGGAUUGCUUCUACGGGUAUAGAUCCUGGUCAAUUAGUAGAUUCAACGGAUAUAGAAUUCGAUCAGCUGCAGCUAGCAAAUGAUUCCUCAGAAAUUCCAAAUUCUUCAGGUGAUAUUUGCGAUGUAAACGUCUCGCAAUGCAAUUCGGAAAAACUUCCUGAUGAAAAAAGUGAAGAGGAAGAUAGUAGAAGCGCUACUACAUGUAUUUUAGAGGGAAUUAAAUUAUUGAAACGUCAUUUCCCAUACAGUUUAACAAGUAGUGUUUUGCUAGCUAAUGUAUGUUGGGAAUUUGCGAUGUCGUGGAAUAAAGACAUUUCGCAAUUGAACUCCCUUGAAGCUGCGUUAUCUGUUUUACAACAAAUACCGAUGAAACAUAUGAGGCACGGUGUGUGUUGCUUAUUAUGGUCAGUCCAUAUAAAGAAGCGAAUGGAAGCGGUUGCAAAAUUAAUUAAUAAGCUUGGGAAGCUACCAAAGGAGAGAUUGUGCAUGCAAGAAAUUGGUCUGUCCGAUGCACAAGCAAUUGUGUUCUUACAAAAUUGUGUCACGUUUUUAGAAAUAUUUAUCGAUUCUGAAGUACUUGAAGCUGGAGAGAAUACUGUAAUUAAGUCAGAGGAACUGUGGGAAGGAUGUACUUCUGGACCACAACCUUUCGCUGCAUUAGCUAUUUCCCAAGCACCUGCUGGAUACGAUUUAAUCAUGUUACAUGUUCAAUUAGCCGAUGUCUUGUACAUGAUGGCAUAUUUUAAUUUGAAAGUAACAAAACCGCUAAACAAUUUAUUCGAAUCUGUGGUGCAACCGUAUUUUUUUCAAACAAUGUCGGAUAAAGUGAUGCUUACAUGGUACAGGGAUGAUAAAAGAGAUAACAUGAGGACUGUGUUUCUAUGUCGUGUAAUUAGUGCGUCAAUGGAUUUUAUCCACCAAGAGACAACGGAUGAAAAGAUGAUCAGUUCAAUGCAAGCCAUUCAAUGGAUGAGUAAAUGUCAGACACUAGCUUCAAUUUGGAAAAUAAAUAAUGAUGAAUUAAGAAUAUAUCAAGUUUGUCAAUUAUAUGUAAAUGGUUUCGAUCGAAUAGCGGAAGAUGUUGUCGCAGCUGUAAACGAUGUUGAGAAAUUAGCAGAAGAUCUCUUGCCGAUUGCUGGGAGGAGAAUGAUGGCAUAUCUUUCGAAGACACCCGAUCUUUUGAAAGAAGUUGCUCGUAUAAGUCCAACUCUCACUAAAUAUUUAGAAAGCCUCGAUGCGCCGAAUGUAAUUUGUACAAAUUGUUCAAACGAUGAUAAUAUCGAGCUGAUACGGCGAGUUUCGAGACACUUGCCCGAAACGCAUCCGAAUUAUCAUCUUGCGCAGCUAAUGUUAGACGCGGCGUUUGAAGGUACAUACGAGGGAUUUACGAGGGAACACAAUAUUCAAGUAACUUAGCGCUAAUUUCUAAUAGGAAAUGAGUUUAAUAAAAUCUGUAAUUUUUGUUUUUAAUUCGUUGUAUUGAAUCUGAUGUUUUAAGUAAAUAUAAAAUAUAUUUGAUAUGUAUUAUUGAUCCAUCAGGUCAGAAAUACUAGAAACAUUUGGUAUCACAAAAAAUUGUGGUAUAAAUAUGCAUGUAUGUUAACAUAUUGCACAUAAUAGAUUAAAGAGCUACAAAAAUUUUA